AGCUCCCCUAUCAUGCUGAUUCCUGUUCCUAUUCCUGUUCUCCGCUGCACCUCUUCUUGUACAUUCUUCCCUCUUCCCCUUCACCUUCAAGCCAACCAUUCCUGUGUGCCGAGGCCGGCCGUUGUUGCACAGCGAGUCCAGGAAAGAGCGGUCCGCCAGCAGCAGAUCGACACAUCAUCAGCACCCUGAUCAGCGCCACCUCCAGCCUGCUACCACCACGCUCACCUCGCCAUCGUACACUCCUUGACCCCACAAUCCUGAACCUCGACCGCGAAUGAUAACGUGAUCGCUGUCGCGGCGAGGUCGCGUGUCGACCGACUACGUACGACAUCCGCGACUCCGUAGCACAACACUCACCAUGCGACCCCUCCGCUUCCUUCUCACCCUCACAACCUGCAUCGUUGCAUUCCUCCUUCUCGUCGUUGUGGCUCCCUGGCACAGUGAUGACGGACUCGAAGAAGAGCGUGGGGGCUUGGGAGCAUACUUCAACUGGCGAACACCGUCCAGCUUAUUUCCACCCAGCGCCAUCAUCAGCAUAACAGACGACAAUUCUACGAAUUUUGUGGCCCGACCUGCAGCGUUUGGGCCACUGCUACCCGCCAAGAGCUUGAGCGGGCAAUUGUGGAUUGGAAGUGGCUUUGGAAAUGACCACUUGGGGCGAGGAGGCUCUGGCGCGGGCGCUGCAGGUGAAUUAGGCUGCAGCGACGUACCGGGAUGGGAUGACGGGAGCUGGAUCGUUGCGAAGAAGCCCGUCAGCGAGAGCAAGAGCAAGAGUGAGACUUCUUCACCGGAAGGCAAGGGACCUUUGGCAGGCAACAGCAAAAGAGAUUAUCCUGUGGAGGACGAAGACGAAGAAAAGCCAGAGAAGGAAUAUCCCACAGAAGACGAUGGGACAGAUGACCAUUUACACCAUCCACUUCCGGCAUCAGACGGCAUUCACGUGAACGGGAACUCGGCUGGCAGUACGAAGAAGCCCACCCAUGCCGACAUUCAGUCUUUACAGGAAAGUGCUGAGAUCGCGGGCAAGGUCGUUCUGCUCAGCCGCGGCGGUUGUGGAUUUCUGGAGAAGGUGAAAUGGGUACAGCGCAGAGGGGGGAUUGCAUUGAUUGUCGGAGACGAUAUUCGAGGUGGACCCCUGGUGACCAUGUACGCACGCGGAGACACGUCAAACGUGACGAUUCCCUCGCUAUUCACUUCGUACACCACUGCACAGCUCCUGUCAAGCCUGAUGCCGGCGGGUGGCAAGAGUGCUGCUGAGUCGAAAAAGAUCGUGAUUCCAGCGCUCGGGCAGAAGUCGUCAUCUCGCAAGCCUUCGUCAGAAGACAAACCGAACUUCACCACUACAGCUGCCGGCAGCAAGGCCACUUCUGCAACGCAGGAGAAGCAAGGCGGUGCGGCGAAGCCAGGUUCAGGAGCGCAGCACAAGGCAGAAGAGGUGCAGCGACAACGUACUGGUUGGCUUGCUUCGCUGUUUGGCAGUCAUUCCCACAGCGCUGACAGCAGGCGUCCUCCAAGUAGCGGAAAACCGGGCUGGGUGCUGCAAGAAGAUUUUGAGGACGACUUGCAUGAUCAAAAAGCUAUCAAGCAAGACUCCAUCACACCAUCAUCUUCAGAGUCCGCUGGCACGAAGAAAGUUGGCUCUGAUGACGGCUUUGUCAUCGGUGUUCAGGACUGGCGGGAUCCAGAUAUGGUCGCCGAACAGAAAGAACAGCAUCUCCAGGAUGACGCGUCUCGCUCAAGUGCGAUUGCAGAACCCAAAAGCACUUCAGUGGAGGCGCCACUCAAAGGCGGCAGCAUCACACCUGGCAGUGGAGAAUAUGGGGAAAGUCAUCAUGAAGCCGUCGAUAUUGGCAGUCCGAAGAAAACGGAACCAAAGAAAGAUGCACCUAUGCUACAUGCUGAAGAGCAACAAGAAUCUGGAGGCUGGUUCGGACGUUUGUUCGGUGCCGGUCAUCACCACCCUGAGCAAUCACACAAACCUCUUGUUGGCCUUCCGGCACACCAUGAGCAGAACUCACAGCAGCCCACGAAACCCGACUCACACCGAAAACCUCAUCUUGCGGAGGGCACGCCACAUCAUGAGGGUCUGUGGGUUACCCUCUCGCCAGCCUCGAUGUCUUCGUCGCCCUUCUUUGACACACUAUUGGUGCUCGUUGUGUCGCCUCUCGUGACACUGACAGUGGUAUAUGCACUUCUUCUACUGCGCUCACGUAUACGCAGACGAAGAUGGCGGGCACCAAAGUCUGUCGUUGAGCGAUUACCGGUCCGGACAUAUCAGACUAUGCCGAGCUCCACUGCUUCCACGACUUCCAUUUCAUCACAAGCCAGUGCAACAACACCUCUUCUUCCAGCUUCGCGACCUAUCAGCACACGCUCACGCCCGCGAGCACGAACAGCGUCUGACCUCCCACAAAGCAGUGGCUCUCAUUCGGACAGUAUGGCCUCACCUUCACUUGAACAAAUCGAAGAGAAACGUGCUGCAGGUUUAGCUGAGUGGCGAAGGCGGUACGGCGGUAAACAACGAGAGUGCGUAGUAUGCUUGGAAGAAUACAUCGAUGGCGUCAGCAGAGUGAUGAGUCUUCCCUGCGGUCACGAAUUCCAUGCCGAGUGCAUCACACCAUGGCUCACCACCCGCCGCCGCACAUGUCCUAUAUGCAAAGGUGAUGUCGUUCGCUCUCUUGCGAGGAACGGGGCAUCAUCUUCGGCAGCCUCGACCCCUUCACAUUAUGCUCAUGAACCUUAUCGAGAUGAUACAGAAGACGAGGUCGAUGUGCAAGAGCAGGCUGUCACAUUAGUGAAUGAUGACCCGGCUUCGCAACAGCCUGUCAGCAGGGAAGACGAGGCUUUUGAAGAUCUGGAAAGAGGUCUGCCGGAUAGGAAUCGGUGAUGACACUACAAAUCAAACAUUCAUGAGGAAAGCCAUUACCGGCAGGCUCGGGUGAGGCGCAUUCGGGCGAAUGAAUGAAAUGCUUCUUCAAGCACGCUUUUUUCUGUCAUUGUGCAGUUCACGAU